AUUGCUUAUAUUGUUAAUUUUUCGAAUUAAUGGAUCAUUACGUACAAAACAAGUUUCGUACAAGUUGUCUUGUUAAAAAUUCGUCUCAAAUCUUGUUUUGUUGGUCCUUGACGACUUGAUAGUAAAAUGUCUCUACCGUACGAAUUCAAAGCUAAAACAGUUGUCGAAGAGGGAAGAACAAGUGCGGUUCUAAUUCAAGAAAUGAAAAAUUGGCUAUCGACAACAAAUCUCCCCCAACUUCAGGACGAAUCAAUCGUGUUGUUUCUUUUGUCGUGUCAAAACAAUGUGGAGGAGACUCAGAAGACAAUUCGGGCUUAUUUCAAAAUAAAAAGUGAAGCUCCGGAGAUUUUUCAAAACCGGGACAUUGAUGACGAAGUUUUGCAAAAAGCAAUGAAAGUUGUAACUUUUAGCAGCCUCCCUGUGCGACUCAAUAACAACAAAACUGUGAUCCACUUCUUCAAACUGAACGACACCAAUUAUAGAAAUUUCGACUUGAUUGCAAACAUGAAAUUAGCAUUUAUGCUUAUAGACAUCAGUCAAAGAAAUAAUCCUCCCAGUGAUUUAAUUGUAGUAAUUGACAUGAAAGGGGCCGGCUUAAUGCACCUCACGUGUCUCAAAAUAGGAGCUUUAAAAAAAUUCAUGGACUUCCUACAGGAAGCAAUGCCUCUCAGGAUGCUAAAAAUACAUAUUCUGAAUGCCAACUACGUCUUCGACAAAGCUUUAGCCAUCGGUCGCGUGUUUAUGAAAAACGAGCUGAUGGAAAUGAUUCAAGCUCAUCCAUCAAGGUUAACUAUGGACGAAAUCUACGAAAAAUGUGUCCCUCCCGCGUGUUUACCCCAAGAAUAUGGCGGGGGAUUACCCCCAUGUGAGGAAUUAAACCGGCGCACCGUCGGGCAAUUCCGGGAAUUGAAGAAAUUCUUCGGGGCGGAAGAAAAGCUAAUCAGUGGUUGGCAACAAACUGUAGAAAAAUAAAAUAAGUAGUUUUUUAUAAAUGUUUUAUUUUUUUGUAACUGAAGUUUUUAAAAUAACAUUUCAAUAUAAAUUAUACGUGUGUUAUGGCGUCCGAAAUGGACCGCAAUCGGUUGUGAUCCGU